AUCGUCCAAUCACCGCCGAGCGUCGGUAUUACUGCAACAAGAUGGCAGCCCAAGGCGACGUGGACGAACUUUUCGACAUCAAAAACGCCUUUUACUUGGGAAAUUACCAACAAUGUAUCAACGAGGCACAGAAACUGAAGCCUUCCUCACCCGAUGUGAAGACAGAGAGGGAUGUCUUCAUGUACCGUGCCUACAUCGCACAGAAGAAGUAUGGAGUUGUGCUGGAUGAGGUGUCUGGAGUGUCGGCCUCCGAGCUGCAGGCUGUCAGACUGUACGCUGACUACCUGUCCAGUGAACAGAGAAGGGAUGCAGUGCUGAAGGAGCUGGAGGGACAGAUGAGUUCCAGUCUGGAUGUGGGGAACAACACUUUCCUCCUCAUGGCCUCCUCCAUCUACCUGCACGAAGAUAACUAUGACGCAGCACUAAGAUGCCUACACCAGUCAGACUCCCUAGAAUGCUCAGCAUUGACGGUCCAAAUUUACCUGAAGAUGGACAGAGUGGACUUGGCAAAGAAGGAACUAAAACUGAUGCAGGAGAAAGAUGACGAUGCGACUCUGACCCAGAUGGCGCUGGCCUGGUUUAACAUGGGAGUGGGUGGUGAGAAGCUGCAGGAUGCGUUCUACAUCUUCCAGGAGAUGAUCGACAAGAACAGCUCCUCCCCUCUCCUGCUGAACGGCCAGGCCGCAUGCUGUAUCCACCAGGGCAAGUACGAGGACGCCGAGGGCAUUCUGCAGGAGGCUAUGGACAAGGACAGUAACAACCCAGAGACUCUCAUCAACAUGAUCGUCCUGUCACAGCAUCUAGGCAAGGCCCCAGAGAUCAGCAACAGAUACCUCUCCCAGCUGAAGACAUCUCAUCAGAAUCACCCAUUUGUGAAGGAGUUCACAGCUAAGGAGAAUGAAUUUGAGAGACUGAUGAAGCAGUAUGCACCAGCCUGAUCUGAGCAGACAUAAAGACACAAAAAACAAAAGUCAACCCCAAACAUUUAUCUAUUCAAUGGGCACACUCUUAGACUAGGUUGUAUCUGUCCACCCAGAGUUCGAUAUUCAGUCUAAACUACUGCUGUAGUUCCGAUGAAAAAUGUUUAUUUAGCUUUGUCUGUUAUAUUUGCCUACUCAAACAAAUUCACAUAAUUGUAGUUUGUAGUUUCUAAAUGUUGUAAUUUGCAACUGGUAUUUGCCAAUGGAUGAAAAAUGUAACAUUCCAAAAUCAUGGAUGGGUUAUGUAACUUAUGUUUUGGAAGUAGAGGUAAUAAUGUAGCAGUAUAUGAAGAACCUUCACCAGAUUUUCUCUGACUAUGAAUGACAAUACAGUGUAGUUUGGAACAAGGGUACAUGUACUGCACUAUGUAUGACUGGGAAUAAAUCACAACUUUACAUUCA